CUGAGCUCCACUAGCUAGCUUGCUGGCUUGAGAAAUUCGGCCCAAUCCACCUCUACUGUACAUACCACCUUCGAUCUCGAAGAUCCUCCACCCCCGCCUCCGGGUAUAUAUCUGCCGCCUCCCCUGACACACUUUCCUUACGCCAUCGUCGACCACAGCUGCACUCAGGCAGAGACGCGAACGGAUAGCAAGCGGGAGAGGUCACUUACAACUGAUACCUUCGACCUUCAGCGCAUGGCAGCAAUGGACAACCUGCCCUGCUCCACUUCUUGGAGAGACCUCACACACACCAGCUGGAGGGACGACGACUACAGGCGGAUGGUGAUGGCGAGCCUGAUCGAGGCGGUGUACCUGCUGGAGCUGGAGCGGCAGGAGCGGCGGGACGCGGCGGAGGUGGCGCAGCAGUGGUGGAAGCCCUUCAGCUACCGCCUGGCGCACGAGCUGGUGGACGAGCGCGACGGCUCCGUCUUCGGCGCCAUCUUCGAGUGGGACCACCACCGCCGCCCGCGCAGCCACGACGUCGAGGAGGCCAGGCCGACCGGCGCGCCGAGCGCGGUGAUCGCGUUCCGGGGCACGCUGCUGCGCGCGCCCACCAUCCGCCGGGACGUGGAGGACGAGCUCCGCCUGCUGGCCUGCAACAGCCUGCGCGGCUCCGCCCGGCUCGACGGCGCGCUCAGGGCGCUCAGGGCCACCAUCGACAGGUUCGGGUCCGAGAACGUCUGCCUCUGCGGCCACUCCCUCGGCGCCGGCUUCGCGCGACAGAUCGGCAGGAUGCUCAUGGCGUCGCGGCAGCAGCAACCACAGCCGCAGCAGCAGCAGGCGUCGCUCGAGUUCUACCUCUUCAACGCGCCCUACCUGUCGCUGCCCAUGGGGGUCCGGAGGGUGGUGAGGACGACGGACUGCCUCCUCAAGACGCUCCGCACCGGCGUCGCCGCCGUCGGCAGGUGGCACGGCAAGGCGCUCAAGAACGUCGCGUACGCCAACUGCGUGCUCGGCUACACCAGGCUCGACGGCGACGGCAGGAGGUUGUUCGACUGAGAAGCACAAAACACUGAUCCAUGCAUGACCACUUUUCCUCAACCUAGCGCUGAGCUCAACUGCUGCGCUCGAUGAUCACGCGACGCAUCACGAUCGAUCGAUCCAUCUAUCUACCGCCAUGAUCCAUCAACUUGUAGUCCUAGAAUUCAAUUCAAGGAACCACCAAUAAGCAUCUGUCUUGCUUGAGGAUGAUGCACGGCUUAGGUAGGUAGCUAGCCUGCAUGUUUUGCCCUGUACAUGUUCAUCGCUUUUCCACCGUCAAUUGUGAAUUAAAACCA